UCUUGUUGCAAUCUUUUUUUUCCUUUCCUUUUUUUAAAAUACGUAAUUGGUGGGGGAUCUACUUUCUGUUUGGCUGGAUUGGGGAAAAAAAGCUAGCCGCCUGUUUGCUGGAGAACCACACAAGGAGGUUCACACGGGUGUAAGCCCGUGCACGCAACGCUUUAUACCGGGGCACUACUUUCAUUUACCCUCCCCUCUUUUUUCCUUCCCGGACCACCGGGUUCCCUCCCCCCCUAUCCCCCGCCCCUGCCGUCAAGGUUUACGCGAAAUGAGUAUCGACACACUUUUGGAGGCAGCCAGGUACCUGGAAUGGCAAGCCGAGCAACAACAAACCAGACUCGAGGACGAGCCGUGUAAAGAGAAGGAGGCCGUCAGCACACAGGCCAAGUCUAAACAUGUGGAACUUGUGGCGUCUCCUCUGCCUGUCAGAGCCAACCACAAUGCUUGGGCCGACGACGCUCAGCGCCAGCAGCCGCAUCUCCCUCCUGCCCCGCCGCCCCAUGCCCUCCCACCUUCACAAGUUCCCAUUGCGGUCAUCCCAAUGGUCCCAGUCGUCAAUGCGACGCCAUCUGUCCCCCCCCUUCCACUUAUGACGCCGAUUGCAGCGGCUGCAACGUCGCUCAGCAGCCCCCUGCCUGUCAAGCAGGAGAGCAUCUCCCCCUCUCCGGAGCAAAAGCCGCCGCCAGCCUCUCAUCAACUGUUGUGCUCCUCCCAGAUCAAAAUGGAAUCCGUCCAGCAGCAAAUGGACAUAAAGCCCACUCUGUCACAGCCUCAGGUACAGAUUCAAUACCCAGCCUCUCAUCACCUGUUGUGCUCCUCCCAAAUCAAAAUGGAACCCGUCCAGGAGCAAAUGGACAUAAAGCCCACUCUGUCACAGCCUCAGGUACAGAUUCAAUACCCAGCCUCUGUUAAUACCAACGGCUCUGGCUCCCAUCAUGCACUGGUUCCCCAUCACGCUCUACCCACGCCUCAGCCCCGCCCUAACGGAGUGACGAUAGAGGAUAUGAGUGGGAUGGAGGUGAAGAGGAGACCUGGAGGAGCGGGAACCAGAGAAGUGCAUAAUAAGCUGGAGAAGAACAGGAGAGCACACCUGAAGGAAUGUUUCGAGACGCUAAAGAAGAACGUCCCUAACGUGGAUGAAAAGAAAACCUCUAACCUCAGUGUUCUGCGCAGUGCACUCCGCUACAUACAGACCCUGAAACGUAAGGAGAAGGAGUUUGAACACGAGAUGGAGCGUUUGGCCAGAGAGAAGAUCGCCACGCAGCAGCGGCUGGCCGAGCUGAAGAACGAGCUCAGCCAGAGCAUGAAUGUCAUGGAGAUCGACAGAGUCCUCAGACAGACCAUCCAGCCAGAGGACGACCAGGCCUCCACCUCUACCGCUUCAGAGGGCGAAGACAACUACGACCAGGACACAGAUGAGGAGGCCGCCGCCCGUCCUGCUGUCCCAGCCCUCCCUAAACCAGCACCCCACAUCUUACAGGCACAGCCGCUCCUGGCUUCGCACCUGUCCAUCCAGCACGCCGCUCUACCUCUCUCUGGAGUCCUCACCACGCCCGCUCCCUCUGGACCUCCUCCCCCUCAAGCCAUUGCCCCUGCUCCCCCCGCUGGCCCCCCUCCUCACCCACAGCUUCCCCUUCAACCUCCCACCGUUCAGGUCCAGCCAACCGUCAUCGCUCACGCCGCAGUCUCACACCCGUCAGUCAUCCACUCUGUCAGUCACACCCUUCCUGCCAAUCACAAACAUUUAACCCACAUAGCCCCCUCUCCUCGUCCUGCCUCCUCCACCCCUCAGCCCAUCGCAGCGGCGGCGGCGGCACCAGUCACCGCUACUCACCAGCAUAUAGCUCAGCCCAUAGGACACAUCACUGUCCACCCUGUGGCUCACCUGGGGGCUCCCCUCACAUCCCACCUCCCGACUCUCUACCCCCAGGGGGUUCCCGUCAGCCAUCCCACGGUGGUGGGCCACAUCACCCACACCUUCACCCACCACGCCCUGCCCCACGUCCAGGCCGGCCCUCAAGCUAACACUAACGGGGCGCAGGUGAACAGCACAGCCGUGGUGAGCCAGGGGAGCCAAUCGCUGGGGAAACCCACGGCGGUGCUGGCCCCGCACCCUCAGCUGGUCGGGCAGGCUGCUGUCCUUAACCCCGUUACCAUGGUUACAGUCCCAUCCUUCCCCGUCAGCACGCUCAAACUGGCCUAGAAAAGGAAAACGGACCAAACGGAGAGGGGAGAUUGAUUCAGACAUUCUUUUUUUUAAAUCUGGAUUCAGAUCAUUUCUGACAGCAGUUGGUUUUUGGACGUGUAGUGAUGAGAAACGCUGUGAUUUUUUUCUUUUUUUUUAUAUAUUAACAGCCCUGCUGACAGAAACAUCACUGCAGACUCCCUGGGUUCAGAAAACAAGGCUGUGACAUUUGCUUUUGUUGCAAAGCUAGGAAUUUAGUUUGACCUUUCCGCUUCCUUCCUUCCUUCCUUCCUUCCUUCCU